GGGGCUCCUUACCUGCGAAGUCUCAGAAGAAAGACAAAAAGGCACACAGCACAUCAAUCUUCUUCCAAAACCUCGGCAUUGUGAUCGUCUCGUUGAUUGAUCGAAGAACCGGCGUUGAGAUGGAGCACGAGCAAGGCGGCGGCCGCGGCCGCGGGAAAGCUCGCGGCGGAGGCGGGCGUGGCGGUGGGCGAGGGGGUGGCUACGGGCCUCAAGGAGGCGGCGGAGGCUACGGACGAGGUGAGGGCCAGGGCCGUGGAGGCGGAGGCGGCUACGCGCCUCGCGGGAGAGGCUACGGCCCUCAGGGAGGCGGCGAGGGCCGCGGCGGAGGAGGCUACGGGUACCAGGGCCGCGGCGGAGGAGGCUACGGCUCUCAGGGAGGCGGCGAGGGCCGCGGAAGAGGCUACGGGCCUCAGGGGCGCGGCGAGGGACGGGGAGGAGGCUAUGGCGCCCAUGGGCGCGGCGAGGGAAGGGGUGGAGGCUAUGGCGCUCAGGGGCGCGGCGAGGGCCUUGGAGCCGGAGGAGGCCACGGGCCUCAGGGAAGCGGAGGGCACGAUGGUGGGCGUGGUACUGGCGGUGGUGGACGUGGGUACGGGCCAGGCGGCGGCAGCGCGUGGGCGCAGCCGGGGAGAGGGCGUGGAGGUGGAGGUGGAGGUGGAGCGGUCCCGGCGUGGGGGCCGGCGCCAGCGCCAGCUCCAGCCCCGGAAGCGAGGAGGAUCAAAGCAGAGGAGGCGGGGAGCUCGUCUGGAUCCGUCGAACGCAUAUCCGACAAAGUGGCAAAAAUAGAACCAUCAGCACCCCAAGUUGUUGUGUCUCCUAAUGGCACACGGGUGCCAAUGCAAAGACCUGAUCGUGGAGGAUCAUCAUUUCGAAACCAGGUCCAACUUUUGGUGAACUACUUCAUAGUCAACUACCAAAAUGUGUCAACCAUAUUUCACUACGACAUAGACAUCAAGUUUGAUCAAUCAUCUUCAGAGUCUUCAGGCAAGGAGCUCUCCAAUGCAGAUUUUCAUUCUGCAAAGGCCGAGCUUUUCAAGGAUGACAGCUUUCGGAAUCUUUCAUCAGCUGUUGCUUAUGAUGGAAAGAGAAAUCUAUUUACUUGCACUGAACUGCCAGAAGGCUUAUUCCGUGUGAGAGUUCGUUCACGGACCUACAUUGUAUCAGUAGAGUUCAAGAAGCGGCUUCCUUUAAACCAACACCCACAAUUGCCUAGGGAGGUCUUGCAGGGUCUUGAUGUCGUCGUGCGCGAGGAUUCAAGGCUGCACAAUAUAAUGCUUGAGGGAUUUUACUCACGGGACAGGAUUACUAAUCUCGGGCAGGAUGUUGUAGCUAUGAAAGGAACCAAACAGACCCUUAAACACACCCAGCAAGGGCUGGUCCUAUGUGUUGACCAUUCAGUUAUGCCAUUCCGCAAAGCUGGACCUGUCCUGGAUGUUGUCAGGCAGUUCAUAAGAAGGAACCUUGACUACAGGACAAAUCUGACCGACAGUGAAUGGGAUAAUUUGUCAUCUGAACUGAAAGGCCAACGAGUUACUGUGAACCACCGGAUGACUAACCAGAAGUACACUAUUCGAGGCUUAACAAAGGACCCUGCCAGAAUGAUCACCUUUGAAGAUUCUGAAUCAGGGCAGCAAAAGAGGCUUGUUGAUUAUUUUGCUCAGCAGUAUGGCAAGGUGACUGAGUAUGAGAUGCUUCCAUGCUUGGAUUUGUCCAAGACGAAAAAGAACUAUGUGCCGAUUGAGCUUUGUGAUUUCCUUGAAGGACAGAGGUAUCCAAAGGCAAAUUUGCCAAGGAAUAUUGAUACAAGCCUGAAAAGGAUGGCUUUAAUCGGUGUAGAUGAACGGAAGGCAGAGAUUAUGAUGUCGGUAGGAGCUACACAUGGGCCUUGCAGGGGAGAGAUAGCUGAGAAGUUCGGGGUGUCUUUGGAUGUAAAGAUGACAGAAGUCACCGGUAGGAUCCUUCCUCCUCCAGUCCUGAAACUUGGCGGCCCCAAAGGCCAGACUUGCAAAUUCAAUAUCAAUCAGCCUACCUGCCAAUGGAACCUCAUGAGGAAUAAACUGGUAGAAGGCAAGGCCCUCAAUUACUGGGGCAUUAUCGACUUCAGUACAGAUUCCAGGCAGCCGCUUCACCGAGAAAUGUUUCUUAAUUAUAUCGUUGGCAAGUGCCGUGUUGGCAUUCAGAUGGCUGAGAAGCCAUGCUAUCAGUAUUCCUCAGAAAUGGCAGUGCUAUGGGAUGCAGACGAAUUAUACAGGGUGCUGAACGAAGCAAAGCAGUCUGCAGAAGAAAAGAAGCAAAAGCUGCAGCUGCUCUUCUGCCCGAUGUUUGAGCAGCAUCCGGGGUACAAGACACUGAAGCUGAUCUGCGAGACGAAACUGGGGAUCCAGACCCAGUGUUUCUUGAGCAACGUCGCGAACAAUCCCCGGGGCCAGGACCAGUACAUGUCCAACCUUGCUCUCAAAAUCAACAGCAAGAUCGGUGGGAGCAACGUCCAGCUCUUUGAUCUGCUCCCAAGGGACACGGGCGCUCCUUUCAUGCUCAUCGGCGCGGACGUGAACCACCCGUCGCCCGGUAAUCUGGAGAGCCCGUCUAUAGCAGCCGUGGUGGCGUCCAUGGACAAAGGAGCCACCAAGUAUGCGUCCAGGAUUCGCGCGCAGCCACACCGCUGCGAGGUGAUCAAGCACCUCGGCGAGAUCUGCCAAGAGCUCAUCAGUGUCUUUGAGAACAAGAACAAGGUCAAGCCACAUAAGAUCAUUUACUUCCGCGAUGGCGUGAGCGAUGGGCAGUUCGACAUGGUCCUGAAUGAGGAGCUGGCGGACAUGGAGAAGAGGAUCAAGGUGAACGGCUACUCGCCGACGAUCACCGUCAUCGUGGCCAAGAAGCGGCACCACACGCGGCUGUUCCCCAAGGAUAAGCAGGCGGGUAAGGGCAACGUGCUCCCUGGCACGGUGGUGGACACCAAAGUGGUCGACCCCUCGGCAUACGACUUCUACCUGUGCAGCCACAACGGGCUGAUCGGGACGAGCCGGCCGACGCACUACUACAGCCUCAUGGACGAGCAUAACUACAGCUCGGACGACCUCCAAAAGCUGAUCUACAACCUCUGCUUCGUCUUCGCCCGCUGCACCAAGCCUGUGUCGCUGGCCACGCCCGUCUACUAUGCCGACCUGGCGGCGUACCGCGGCAGGCUCUACUACGAGGGCAUGACGAUGGCGUUCCCGACCCAGGAGCGUGGGUCUUCAUCCUCGUCCUCUUCCUCCGCAGCUGCUCCUGCUCCUGCUCCAGAGUUCCCGAGGCUGCACGAGGAUAUUCAGAACAACAUGUUCUUCAUCUGACACCAGCUUUUCUGUGGUGUCGCUUGGCGUCUGGUCUCGCGCGUGGAAUACCUGUAGCAGUGAGUUGCUGCUUCGUAUGGUUUGAACUUUGAAGUUUUUUGUGGUUGCGUAUUUACAUUUCUUGAAUAACUUGGUGGUUGUGUCAUGUACAUUUUCAAAGAACCUGGUGGUUGUGUCAUUUACAUUUUAUAAAAAGCUGGUGCUUGUGUCAUUUACAAUUUUGAAAAA